CAUUAACGAAAAUACAGUAGUCGGUUGGGUUGGCAAACAAGUAAAGCUAGCUAGCGUACCGGGUAUCGUAGCUCUGCGUGCUUGGUCAAGUAACUUGCCUCAUUGGUAUGGUCGUUCAUCCGGUAGCUUCAUUAUACGAAUUUAAUCAUGCUUGGUUAGGUGGUGCGUGCAGCUGUUGCAACGAUGCUCUUCUGGAGGACUUGCAAGCGGCAUGCAAGCGUACGCCUUACUCAUAUCCUAGCUCUGCGUCAUGACUCCUAUUCAGUUCAGAGUGUAUUGCAGCCACUAACGCUAUCCAGCCUAAAUGGAUUUGCGGACGAGGCUUCCUCCGCCGUCCCGAACCCGUGGUCCCAACAUCAUGCAGCCCUUUCUGCAAGGAAGGCCAGCGAGCCUGGACGCGAGUCGUGGCUCUGUAACCACUUUCAUGCGAUAAGCGCUCAUCCUUUCGCUCCGGUGCUAGCUCGCUUCAAGCACGUACGAGCAGCCCCCCUAGCGCCUGCUGCAGCUGCUGCCAAGGAACCCGUUGAGCACGGGGCAGGCAGGAGGAGGGGUGGCCGCAGGGAGGCUGGAGGACAGAACUCCAACCUGCAGUGGGACCGCCAGGAUGGGGGAAGAGGCAGAGGGCAUGGGCGCUGUGGCCCCAGCCGGGGGACCCGCACUGUUGUCCUCCGUGACAUCGCUGACCUGCGCACCCUCGUGGAGGUAGUGGAGGAGGAGGCGCCGGCCUGGGUGGCGGCUGGAGAUGUGGUCAGCCUUCGAGCUGCGUUCUCAGCCCUUGCCAGGCUCGGCUCCCGCCCCGGUGCCAACACUCGGCUGCUGCCCCGCGCCCUCACCACCCUGGCAGCCGCCUACCUGCCACUGGUGCCGGUACUGGGGGACGCAUUCUCGUGUGUGGCCCCGUUGUAUUCCUGUGCCAAGCUGGGCUUCUGGGAGGGGCAGCUGCCGGCAGCACUGUUGGAGCGGCUGGGGCGGGAUGGCGGGGAGCUGAUGCAGCGGGCUAACGGGCAAGGGCACAGCAACCUGUGGUGGUCAGUGUCAGCCGCACCCCAGCACCUCAUACCUCUCGCGGGCAGUGCCCUAAACGCAAGUGCUGUGUGUUUGGAGCAGAUGCGGCCCUCGGAGCUCGACGCUCAAGCCUGCUCCAACAUCCUGCUGGCUUGUGCCCGAUUGCAACACCGCCACGACCCCCUGCUGCACCACUUGACCGCUUGUCUGGUGCAGCUGCCUGACGCCAAAUGCCAGAACCUGGCUAACACGCUGUAUGCACUGGGUAAGCUGGCUGAGGAGUGCGGAUACAGGCCUCAGCAGGACCUGCGGAGCUUGGCGGACAGGGUCUUGGAGCGGCUGCCACAGCAGCGGGACAGGCAACAUGAGGAAAACCGUGGCUACCAGGGACAAUUCAUUCCGCAAGAACUGUCCAACAUGUUGCUGGGGUGCGCCAAGCUGGGCUUCUCCGACCCCAACCUCGUUCACUCUUUGGCAACCGCUCUUGUGGACAGUAGCCAGAGGACUAACGAGCAGGACGUGGCCAAUGCACUGUAUGCACUGGCUGUGCUAGGGUGCACGGGCCCGAAGACUACAUUGGCCAUGACGCAGCUUUUCGCAGAGGUGCAGCGACGUCUGCACAUCACACCUACACGUUUUGUUCCUCAGGAUCUGUCCAACCUCCUGUGGGCCCUGGAGCGGCUGCGGCCUGAGGGCCAGGAGGCGCUCAUGGAGGCCCUGGCAGCCGAGUGCAGGCGCCGCCAGUUCGCUGGCUUCAAACCUCAGGAGCUCAGCAACGCUGCCUGGGCGCUGGCCAGGAUGGGCUUCAGCGACCAGGGCUGGUAUGAGGCGCUUGUGGCAGCAGUGAUGGCCCCAGGUGCCAUGAGGGGAGCAAAGCCACAGGAUUGCGCAAAUCUGUGGUAUGCCCUUGCGCUGGUACGGCACAGACCUCCUGGUUCUUUGAUGGAGGCUAUGGCUUGGGACAAGCAGCGUCCAGGGCCCCUUGCAAAUUCCCAGAAUUGCUCCAACCUGCUGUGGUCCCUGGCCACGCUGGGUCUCUAUCAUGAGCAGCUGGUGGAAGGGCUGGUGGGGCGGCUGGGAGAGCUAACAGCGAGGAAGCAGCAGGAGGAGGGGGAGGCGAGCAGGGAGGGGCCCACCAAUCAGAACCUGGCCAACAGUCUGUGGGCCCUUGCAGUGAUGGGCCCGCAGGUGCUGUCCCGCCACAGCAGCCUGGUGGAGGGGCUGCUGAGGGAGGUGGUGCGGAGGUGGGAGCAGCAGCAGGGGCAGGUUGGCUUCACACAGGAGGGGUUGGCCCAGUUGUGGCAGGUGCAGCUGGAGCUGCAGCACGUGAGCAGGGGCAGGGGCGGGUCACGCAAGGGCUUAAGCAGGCUGGAGCUCAUCCUUGCUGGCGGUGCUGGCAGCCAGAGCUCUUUGCUGGGGGCAAUGCGGCGUGCAGCUAGUAGGGAGGAAAGGCUGGACCCCCACAUUUCGAAAUUGCAGCAGACAGUUGUCAAGGCUAUCCAGCAGCUGCUGCAGCCAGCCACUGGUGACGGUGAUGGCGCUAGGCAUGCAGAUGACGGCAACCGCACUCGCAGCCCCUUUUCCAGCAGCAGGCCCCUCCUGGCCAUCCUCCCCGAGCACCCGGUGGAGGAGCUGUGCUGCCGGGUGGAUGUGGUGGUGGAGGUGGCGGGAGGGAAGCGGGUGGCGGUGGAGGUGGACGGACCAUCACACUUCCUGGCCAACCACCCGCACACUCGCACCAAGAAUGGCCCCACCCAGCUUCGGGACAGGCAGCUGGAGUGGGUGUUUAGGGCGGGGAACGUGGUGAGCGUGCCGUACUGGGAGUGGAACAAGUUAAAAGGUCGGGAAGGCCGGUUAACGUACCUGAGUCAGCUGCUUGGGUUGCAGCAGUAGCGAGGGUGGCCCCAGGUGUGCCUUGAUGGGGUCCUGGUGGAUCACCACAUCACAGCUGCUGCAAAGAAAUGAAGCUGGAGCGACGCACGUAGGCAGAGUCUGGUUGGGGGAAUAGCCCACACAAACACAUUGUACUAUGGUGUUCACUGUACACAGAAUUACAGCCAACAAGCAUUAUAUACCUAUUUCAGAAGCUAUUCAUCAGUGCUCCUUUAGUGUUGCCCAUGACUCUUGGCAUUGGUCAUCAUGUCGGUGGCAGGUGAACGGUCUAGUACAGGCUUGAGUGUUGGCCGCCACCGUCGCGUGACCCUGCUCUGCCAGACAAGGUGCAGGUCGUGGUGGGAGUUGCCUGUUGUUACCGGGACGCAGGAAACUGGCC